UUCCCCGUAAUUAUCGCUAAAAAUAUUGUAUACAACUAGCAAGGAACAUGGAUGAGGCAAUAAUUUUUGGUGAGGUCAGGAGUUUUUGACAGUACUAGGAGCAGACUCUUAUCUACCAUUGUCAACACCUGUCUAAAUCUUCAUCUUUCUUAUUUUCUACAAACAAUCUGUAAUCUUUAAUCUCUAAUCCCUCACCAGUAAGUUUUUUUCUCACGGGUUUUAAUUCAUGGUACAUGUAUACUUUUUAUGUUUUGGGGAACAAUAUUGACUUCUUUGUUGAGCAUUUCUUGAUGGGUUUCAUCGUAUGAUCUUGCAGAGAUUUAAUUUUUUUCCAGUUUCGUCAAGGUUUUUGUUUAGUUUAUUAUUGAUUGUGAACAAAUUAUCUGCUUUUGAAUUAGGUUAUAUUUUGUGAGUUUCCUUUUUUGGACUUCAAAUGACAGAGAAAUUGAGAAAUUGCUUCUUACCUGUCCAAUUUCACAUCAUUAGACUCAACUUUCUGGAUUUUAUUAUUAUUUUUUUGCAUAUAAAUUGUCAAACAAUAGGGGAAAUUUCAAAUAAUACGAAGAAAGUGAAAAAGAAAAGGUGGAUUUUGGCUAAUGAAUGUACUGUUCUAUAUUAAAUGUAUAGUAAAAUCAAUUUAUCAUCUCUGCUUAAUGUUCCUUUUCACCGUUAUUUGUCAAUUCAUAUUGAUCUAGGUGGGAACAGUUUUUCAGUAGCUUUGUUUUGCACACGAGGUUACAAAUCCAAAAUGGGUCUGUCAUCAUAUUCAACUCCAGCUGAUGUGGGAGUCUUCUGUGUAAUUCUGGUGAACACAGCCAUAUCCAUUUCCAUUUUCAAGGAGAUUUUUCGUUCUAUCCUUCAUGUCAUGGGCAUCCAUAUAGCAUCACAGGAAGAAUUCUCACUGGAAUCCUCAGACUCCGUUGAAUGUCGUAGAACCCCCUCUGAGUUGUAUGUGGAGGAGUUCCAAAGCCGAACACCUGCUGUACGUUAUGACUCAAUGAUUAUUCGCGACUGUCCCAAGGAAGAGUGCUCGGUCUGCUUGUCUGAAUUCAAGCAAAAUGCAGAGGUUAACUGUCUGUCUUGUGGCCAUGUUUUCCACAAGUCGUGCCUCGAGAAGUGGUUGAAGUACUGGAAUGUCACCUGUCCUCUUUGCAGGAAUCACAUGAUGCCUCAAGAAGUCGAGGAUGAUGCCUGUCCUAUGCUUUAUGAAAACCAUCUUCCUAGUAUUAUUGAUGUUCUGCAGCAUUCUACCUCUCUGUGGCUAGGUGGAAAAAUUUAGAUAAUUUGGGAGUGCCAACCACUAAAUAGUCAGGAAUGAAUUAUUUUACUGUGGCAGUUUUGGUUUAAUUAAGGUUAUUCAACAAUCUGCAAGACGCAGCUGAACAAUAUGUUCACGGACGGGAUGAAGGUGGCAAAUCUCCUAGCUUUGGGAAAGUUUAAUAUCGAGCAUCAUCUGUAGGUUUGAUGAUUUCAUGUAUAACUUUGUCAUGAUUGGUAAAACCUUUGAAGAAAGAUUGAAAACUAGACAGUUCUUUGUCUCAGACAGGUGAAAAUGGAUGCAUAUUUAGUUU